AUGUUUCUCAAAGUGCAGCUUGCUUGGAAUGUCGUCAUUGCUGCAGAAAAUCUGAAGCCAGGCAGUCUUAUGCUUCAGCGGGCAAUCCUGAUUCGCCUUCUAAGUGACUUUGCGGCUAAAAAGGCGACAAAGGAUUUGGGAUACUAUCUUGCAGUGACGACACUGGAUAAAAUAGGAGAGGGGAAAGUGAGACAACACACCGGGGAUGUACUCUUCCCUGUUGUGUUUAAUGCUGUCACCUUCAAGAUGUUCAAGGGUGAGGUAUUAGAGGGGACAGUUCACAAGGUGCUGAAGCAUGGGGUUUUCAUGCGGAUUGGUCCAAUCGAGAAUGCUUAUCUCUCAAGUAGCAAGAUGCCGGGUUACGAGUAUGUUCUUGGUGAAAACCCAUACUUCAUGAAUCAGAAGAUGCCCAAGAUUGCAAAAGAUGUCAAGGUUCGAGUUGUGGUGAUCGGCACAAAGUGGAUGGAGGCAGAGAGGGAGUUUCAGGCGCUGGUUGGCCUAGAAGGGGAUUAUCUGGGCCCAAUUUCACACUCUGAUAUGUAG